CUUCACAUUUGAUUAGAGGGUGGGUGUUGUCUUUUGCCCUCGUUCAGUGCGACGUUUUAUUAAAGUUGCAAGAUGGCGACGGUGCAUCUGAGGAUUGGUGAUUUAGUGUGGGGGAAGCUGGGUCGUUACCCACCAUGGCCAGGAAAGAUAGUCAGUCCUCCAAAGGACCUGAAGAAGCCCAGAGGCAAGAAAUGCCAUUUUGUGAAAUUUUUUGGAACUGAAGACCAUGCCUGGAUCAAAGUAGAACAGCUAAAGCCCUACCAUGCCCACAAGGAGGAAAUGAUCAAGAUAAAUAAAGGAAAACGCUUCCAGCAGGCGGUCGAUGCAGUGGAGGAUUUCCUAAAGAAAGCAAAGGGGAAAGAACAGAACUCAGACUACAAAGCAGAUUCAAAAGGAAAGAAGGCAGCCAGCAAGCCACUGAAGAUACUGGAGGAAGAUGACGAGGAUCUCAGUGCUCUGAAAGACCCCUCUGAGAAGGACUUAACUGACUCUGACCCCGAGCCAUCCACUAUUGAGAGGCUGGGGACUGGACCUGGCUCAGGAUUCAAAUGGGAAAGCAGUUCUAUGAAGGAUGACCCACAUUUCCACCACUUCCUACUCAGCCAGUCUGAGAAGCCAGCCUCAUCAAUGGAACCCAUCAGCAAGCGCUUGAAGAUUAUUGAAGAGGACACAGGUUCAACAUCGAUCCAAGCAGCAGACAGCACAGCCAUUAAUGGCAGUAUCAUACCCACAGAUAAAAGGAUAGGGUUCCUGGGUCUGGGGCUGAUGGGUAGUGGUAUAGUUUCCAACCUACUGAAAAUGGGUCACGUUGUCACAGUGUGGAAUCGCACAGCAGAAAAGUGUGACCUGUUCAUCCAGGAGGGUGCCAGGUUAGGCCGGACUCCAGCAGAGGUGGCUUCCAUGUGUGACAUCACUUUCUCCUGUGUCUCUGACCCAAAGGCUGCCAGAGAUUUGGUGUUAGGACCCAGUGGAGUGCUGCAGGGAAUCCGGCCGGGCAAAUGCUAUAUAGAGAUGUCCACUGUAGACCCAGAGACCAUCACAGAACUCUCACAGGUGAUCACGUCACGGGGUGGCCGUUUUCUGGAGGCUCCGGUGGCAGGAAGCCAGCAACUCUCCAACGAUGGGAUGCUGGUCAUCUUGGCAGCUGGUGACAGAACAGUCUAUGAGGACUGCAGUAGCUGCUUCCAGGCCAUGGGCAAGACCUCCUUCUUCCUUGGUGAAGCAGGGAAUGCAGCAAGGAUGAUGCUGAUCCUCAACAUGGUGCAGGGUAGUUUCAUGGCCACCAUUGCAGAGGGGCUAACUCUGGCACAGGCCACUGGCCAAUCACAGCAGACCUUCCUGGACAUCCUGUGCCAGGGCCAGAUGGCAAGCACCUUUGUUGACCAGAAAUGUCAAAAUAUUUUACAGGGCAACUUUAAACCAGACUACUAUUUGAAACAUAUUCAGAAGGACCUAAGGUUAGCCAUUUCCAUGGGCGACAUGGCCAACCAUCCAACACCAAUGGCUGCAGCUGCAAAUGAGGUUUACAAGAGGGCGAAGGCACUGGACCAGUCUGACAAUGAUAUCUCUGCAGUCUACAGAGCCUACAUCCACUAGCGUGAUGUGUGGCGUUACCUGUCCGCUGGACCACGCAGUCUUUAAUCCUUCAUUUCUCCGUCAUCAUUUUAUGAGUUUUUAAAUUUAAAUUAUAGUUGUUUUAUUUCAUUUUGCCCCAAUGACCCAUGUUACCUGCCUACAAGACAUGAGACAUGAGAUGUAAUUCCUUUUUUUUUUUUUUUUUUUAAACAACCUGGAGUAUACGCUGACUAUACUGGGGAAUUGAACGCUACAAAAAUUGUUUAAACAAAGUUGUACUACUGCAUUUUGCUAUUCGGGCAGUUUGUCUUGUUUCUGACAACUUAAAAACAAUGGUAGUCAUAAUGCAGGAUGUAGGCAAAGAUGUGAGGUCCAGUGAAUUUGUUGUCAGGUUUUGUGAAUACAGAAACCUUUCUUUUUUUUUUUUUAUGAUGAUGAUGAUGAUGACUUUAUUUAAUUGUGAUAUUUUUCUUUUAAAUGUCCAGAAUUCCGCAAGAGAAGAUACAAGAAAAUGCCACAGCAUUGCCUUAAUGUUGUAACCCCUCAAGUCUUUCAAUAAUAGAUACAUUUCUUUCUGGGUCUUCUUGGUGCUGUUUGGUCAUGGCUUGAUUGUGUAUUUAAUGUAAUGAUUUAUGCGUUUGCGUUGGUGUUAAUGAUCUUUUUUGAACAGAUCACUGACAAUGCAACUGAAGUAGUGAGGCCUUAAAAUGGAGUAAUAAUCAAUAUGCUUCAUCAACGCUUGAAAUUUCCAUAUUUGAGCCCCUUCAUUCUUUGUUUCAAAUAGUUCUAUUUUCAGCUGUGCUUUUCGUAUGUUAUAAAGGGAAUUGUAUUGCCCUCAAACUAGGUGAAUCCACUUUUCAGCUCUGUUUUAACUGAAGGUUAUAUAUAGGUUCAUAUUUUUUUCCUCUGGUCAUUAUUUUGACAGUUGUCUGUUUUGAAAACAAAUUUUAGACCCCCACAUGGAGCAUAUACAUAAUUAAAAACCAAACUAAACAGUUUUAUGUGGGAUAGUGGCAAGAAGGAUGUAUUAAUUUAAGCCUAAACAUUGACACUUAAAGCUGUAGAAUAAAUACACCCUCAGCUCCACAGUCAGUAGCUACUGUUAGUUGGAACAUUAUUGACAAAUUUCAAUAUCAGUCUGUUACACUCAUUUCAGCUAAACUGUUCAUUACAUUUCCAUAUUUACCUGAUCAGGGCCUCAAAGCAACUGUAUAUAUGUAUGUGUGUAAAUAUUUCUUUCUUUCAUUGCCCUCAAAAUAUCUUGGGGGAAACUAAAGAGUAAGGACAGCAGGUCAUCACAUGACAGGAGGGUUGAGCUUGACUUAAUAGUAGAGGUCCUCACAAGUCCUCUCAGUUCUUAGUACUGGUUCAGGGCAGGAACAUGACCAGUGAAUUGGCCAACUAAUAUUAUCAAUACUAAAGAUAUGUUUGAGGUCAUUUAGAAACUGUGUCUCCAGAGCACUCUCGCAAGUUUAUUUUUACAUUGUGAAAUAUCCCUCUAAGUAUGUGUCUUAGUCAUAAUGCUUCAUUAAACCCAUUUGAAGUAUUAUCAAAAUUAUGCAAGUUGUUAAAAGGUGUAUAGUAGCGGAAUAUAUUUUAAUCACAUAACUUUCAAAUGUUUAUGCUGGGUCUUAUCUGACUCUUCUUGUUUCUACUCAGUCCCAAAUUAUUUAGUCAGAUGAGGUAAAAGUAUGUCCACUUCUCAGAUCUGUGUGCAAGCGCGUCUGGCACUUAAGUGGUUCUAAGCCAAAUGUCAGUAUUGAUAUAUGAUUAGUGUUUUGCGAUAGAUGUAAACAUACAGGAGAAGUGGAUUAUAUUAAUUUGUGUUUAUUCUAGAAUUACAGCAUUCUGGAUCAGGUCCAAGUAUCCUUGAGGCUACCAAAGAGAGGUUUUCUUUUUUUAAGUCACCAGAUUUUCUCUUGGUUCUGUUUUAAUUAAUGCACAUAAUUUUUCUAUAUGCCUUGUGUUUUGUUUUGUUUUGUUUUUUUUUUUAUACGCACCAGUCUUCUUUGGGUCUUGUUUUGGAUCCCAGAUUUUUAACUCUUGAAGACUACUAAAUGGCCUAAAACAUACUCUACAUUAAGCAUGCAGAUGCAAAUGACUGUGCCCACCAUAUGCAAAAGUUCUUACAUAACCAGAUACUCAAACUCAGUUUGUCAGACUUAACAGCUUUUCGUUGGUGCUUGGUAGAGCUUGCAUCAAUCCACAUGUAAAAACCACAGAUCUAUCAAUGCGUAAAAUCAUAGCUUUAGGUGUCUGUGUUUAGCAUAUUUAUUUGUGAAGAUUGAGUUUUGGGUUUUAUGCAUUGUUGAUUUGGCAUCCAUUUUGUAUCAGCUCCAUGGUGGGAAAUGAAAGGAUGUGGUUAUAAUUCUUGGGCUCUAAACUGUCUCAAAUGGAAGCAAGUGCAAAAAUGGGUCCAUCAGGAUGAAAAUUUAUUAUUAUUAUUGCAAAACAAAAGAGAAGAUGCCUUCUCCGAAGGAGCACAUCAAUACUUAACCCUACUGAAACCAUUUUUGAUGCGACUGAGUUAUUUAAACACAAGCACGUUGUAGUAACAGACCCAGUUAUUCUUUCACUACAACUCAAGUAUGGCAUGAAGAAACAGAAAGCAGAACUUGCAGGAAUGUGCGCACCACCAGAAGACCAAAAUUGUAAUUACUUUCUUGCAGAUAAAGGCCUAAUGUUCUUUAACUCUUUCUGUUAGUUGAAACUAUAAAUUGAGUUUCUCAUAAAACAAAAUCACUUUGUUGCAUGGUUUUAAUUUAGGCUACAUGCUCAAGUGUAAAGAACUGUUUAUAGGCAGAUGUUGAGUAGGAAUUCUUUUAUAUAUAUAUAUAUAUAUAUACACACACAAUAACCAGGAUUAAUUAAGAACUGCUUUUGGUUUUGACUCAGCGCAGUGACUGUCUAAUAUGUGUCUUAAUAGUGUAGAUUGUUGAAGUGUAAAUGGUUUAGACCUAUUAAUAUGUGGCUUAUGUGGUUUAUCACCUUAAAUUGACAAUGAUUUGGAUCUUGGAGACUAUAACUUUUGUUUUGGGGAUAUUUAUGAUUUUAUGUAUGGGUGGAAAUUUCAAGACUUUUGUGCUGUUAAUAAAUUCAAUCCUGAUUACUGA